AUGCAGUGUCCAACUGGGCAUGAGUGUACGAGCAUGCAUGUGUCUCGGAAAUGGUUGGCUUUGGGCAGUUCAGGAGGAGGUCUCAAUCUUAUUCAAAAAGAAGGCUGGAAGCACAGGCUUUUUCUUUCACACAAGGAAGGUGCAAUUUCUCAGGUUGCCUGUUGUUUACAUGAUGAUGAUUAUGUUGCUGUAGCUACCAGUCAAGGUCUUGUGGUUGUUUGGGAAUUGAAUCAGGAGCGUCGUGGGAAACCAGAACGAAUUUGUGUGUCUUCAGAACAUAAAGGCCGAAAAGUUACAGCUCUCUGUUGGGACACAGCUAUUCUUAGAGUUUUUGUAGGUGAUCACAUGGGGAAAGUUUCUGCCAUCAAACUCAACACUUCUAAACAAGUGAAGUUUCAACUUUCUGGCUACAUGACUUUUGUGCCAGUGAUAGUGGAGUCCUACAGCCAUGUUCUUGCAGAGUUUGAGUCUCUGGAUCCAUUACUUUCAGCGCUGAGGCUGGACUCCAGUCGUCUAAAGGAUGAUAUUCAGGAUGUGGCAGUCUGCAAGAAUGAGCUGUUCUGUUUGCACCUAAAUGGGAAAAUCUCACAUCUUUCCCUCGUAUCUGUGGAACGCUGUGUGGAACGCCUGUUAAGGAAAGGCCUGUGGACCCUGGCUGCUCACACUUUAUGUCUUUUCCAAAAUUCUGUCAUUGCCAGCCGAGGAAGAAAAUCUUUGACUGUAGAUAAAUUGGAGCAUUUGAAAUCUCAGUUGGAUCUCACCACCUCUAGUGAUCUGAUUUCUCAACUGGAAGAAUUGAUCUUAAAAUUUGAACCUUUGGAUUCAGCUUGUAGCAGUAGAAGAAGUUCCAUUUCAUCACAUGAAAGUUUCAGCAUCUUGGACUCUGGUAUUUAUCGUAUCAUUAGUAGUAGAAGAGGCAGUCAAUCGGAUGAAGACUCCUGUUCCCUUCACAGCCAGACCCUCUCAGAAGAUGAGAGACUUAAAGAAUUCACCUCACACCCAGAAGAGGAGCAACCCGAUCAGUGUUGCAGCUUACUCGGAAAUGAAGACAAUGUUUCUCAUGGUCCAGUGACGUGUGAGACAGAUAAGAAUGAAACUUUUCUCCCCUUCGGCAUUCCAUUAUCAUUUCGCUCUCCAUCUCCUCUUGUGUCUCUUCAGGCUGUCAAGGACAGUGUUUCUAGUUUUGUGCGUAAAACUACUGAGAAGAUUGGCACCCUUCAUACAAGCCCUGAUCUGAAAGUGAGAGCAGAACCCAGGGGAGAUGACCAGUCAUGUGAAGAGGAUGUGAAUCCAGUCACCUGCCCAAAGGAGGAAGACACUGAGGUAAAAAAAGAAGAAGUAACUAGUCAACCUCCUGAAGAAGAUAAGUUCCAAGAGCUUAAAGUAGCUACAGCAGAAGCAAUGACAAAGCUACAGGACCCAAUGGUUUUAUUUGAAUCCAAGUCUCUGAGAAUGACUUUACAGGAGUGGCUUUCACAGUUAGAAAAAACUUUUGCCAUGAAGGACUUUUCAGGCAUUUCAGAUACUGGCACUUCAUCUAUGACAUCGAACCAGGAUGUGCUACUGCUUGAUGAGUCAAAAAAGGGAAUAUUAGAUGAAGAUAAUGAAAAAGAAAACGGACACUCUUUAGGCAAUGAAGAAACUGUUAAUCAAACAGCACAUGAAUCUGUAAAUAGUCUGAGGGAGCCCUUGGAUGACGUUUUUCGAGUAUGUUCUCCAUGCCACAUAGCAAACGGCCUCCAGAAGGACCUGGCUGAAUUGACAACGUUGUGUUUGGAAUUGAAUGUAUUGAACUCUGAGGUCAGAAGCACAAGUGGACAUGUAGACCACACUUUGCAACAGUGCACUCCUGAAAUUCUUGCUUGUCAGUUCCUAAAGAAGUACUUUUUUCUCCUGGACUUGAAGAGAGCAAAGGAGAGUAUCAAGCUUAGUUACACUAACAGUUCUUGUGUUUGGGAUACUUUUAUUGAAGGAUUGAAAGAAAUGGCAAGUUCCAAUCCUACAUAUAUGGAGAUGGAAGAAGGAGAUCUACCAACAAGAUUAAAGUUAGUGGAUGACUCAGUCCCCUUUGACAGUCCUUUAUUGAUUGCCUAUGCUACCCAUUUCUGGCCUGGAUAUCUUACUCUCUGUUUGGAGCUGGAGAGAAGAAGAGAGGCCUUCACCAACAUUGUGUAUCUGAAUGACAUGAGCCUGAUGGAAGGGGACAAUGGUAUGUAAAUCCCAAUUGGUUACUCUUGGUUGUAGUAUUUUAG